CUCGAGAUGCCUCUAGUGCGCCCCGUCUUCUCCUCCUUAUCCCAAUCCCCAUUGAUCGAUUUCUAUCUGAUAAUCCAAGUGCCCUCAUCACUAAGAAAGAAAAUCUGAUAAUCCAAGUACUAGCGACCAACCCUGACAUGGCGUGCAGGCCGGCCGUGUCCAACCCCUCCGCACUCACGCCGGCGCCGCGCCGAUGCGUCGUCCCUGGCCGCAGCAGCACUAGGGGACGCGUUGACUGCCCCCUCCGCUCCAGCUCCGCGGGUGCGGUCAGACUGGGCGCGCGCCGCGCCCCUGCCGCCGCCUUCGUCGUCCGCGCGGCGGCUGCCGAGGGUGACUUGGAUCUCCAGGCUAAGGUGACGAGCAAAUGCUUCUUCGACGUCGAGAUUGGCGGGGAACGCGCAGGCAAGGUGGUAAUCGGGCUCUUCGGCGAGGUCGUCCCCAAGACUGUCGAUAACUUCCGCGCCUUGUGCACUGGAGACAAAGGUUAUGGAUACAAGGGCUGCUCCUUCCACCGAAUUAUCAAGGAUUUCAUGAUUCAGGGCGGGGAUUUCCAGAACAACAAUGGUACUGGUGGGAGAAGUAUUUAUGGUGAAUGCUUUGAUGAUGAAAAUUUUACAUUAAAGCAUGUUGGUCCUGGUGUACUAAGCAUGGCCAAUGCUGGCCCUGACACAAAUGGAAGCCAGUUUUUCAUUUGCACUGUGAAGACACCAUGGUUGGACAACCGUCAUGUUGUGUUUGGACAUGUGUUGGAGGGCAUGGACGUUGUGAGGGAGCUUGAAUCGCAAGAAACCAGCAGGUCCGAUAUUCCCAAGCAGCCCUGUCGAAUUGUGGAUUGUGGUGAGCUGCCCUUGGACGGCUGAUGAGUAGGUCAAUAGCUCAGGGCUCAGGGUUGGGUUUAUUACCUCACACAUCCUUCUUUUCUUUCUGCGGCUAUAAUCUCUUGGGAAAGGGUUACUUGAGCUAGUCGACUUUUUUUGAGUAAAGAAAUCUUGUGAGACCUUGUUUUGUUUCACGGCUGUGAUGUUGUUGCAGGGAAAACAGUACAGUAUUCAUAUGGUAAACUGAAAUAAUGCCAUGUGUUUAAACAUGA